UCUGUCGAUUACUAAUCCUCAUUAAUUUCCGUACAGCAAUAAUGAUCACCUUCAUUGUGACACUUUCCCUGGUUUGUGUUUCAGCCUCUAGUAAUGACAGACUGAAGGUCCGAGCUCUGUCAUUUGGUCGAACAAAUGCAGAUUAUGUAGAAUUCCAACCUAGUGAUAUGUCUCCGUUCUCUACUUCCUUUACCAUAUGCUCAUGGAUGAAGAGACUUCAUGAUGCGAGUUCACCGAUAGUGUUGCGCUACUAUCCAGGACAUGUCAUCGUCGGAGACGAAGGAAAUUGGAAUUACGUCAAUGGCUUGAACCUAGGUCUAAAAGGAAGGUUCCCAGAAGCUAAACUGUGGUUCCAUCACUGUUUAUCGUGGGUGACUGGAGGUACACAGAGAGUGUACGUGAACGGUGUACAAUUAGGCAGCACAUCCGCUUCAGCUGACAACCUUCAAAUGGGAGGGACCAUCGCUUUAGGGAACUCUAAUUCUAAAACUACGAAUUACGUAUUCGGUGGACAGUUACUCAAGCUGAACUGGUAUUCUGAAGAACUUACCUCAUCCCAGAUAAGAAAGAUGUUUGAAGCUGGUAUGUGUUCUACUGUUAUAGAGGAGGAGUAUAGCAGCAGGGAGAUAAAGUGGGAGCUGAUUCUGACGAAACAGAGAAACGGCAAUGUUACAGAGUUUCUCCCAACAGAAUGUGCCACGUAUGAGGUAGAGACCAAGCUGGAGGAAACUGAGGUUAAACUUGCCACCAUUGAGCAGAAACUACAGGAAGUGACUGCAACUCUAAACGACACUCUAUCCGAACUACAGGAAAGGACUACAACUCUAAACGACACUGUAUCCGAACUAACAGAAACUAAAACAGAACUGAUUGAGACCAAGGCAGAGUGUAGGGAAUCAAAGAUUGUGCUCCAGGAAAAAGAAACCAAGCUUAACAGAACCGAACAGAAACUACAGAAGGUGACUGAAACUCUUAACGAAACUUUAACAGAACUGAAUGGGACCAAAGCAGAGUGUAGGGAAUCAAAGAUUGUGCUCCAGGAAAAAGAAACCAAGCUUAAUAGAACCGAACAGAAACUACAGGAAGUGACUGAAACUCUUAACGACACUUUAACAGAACUGAAUGGGACAAAAGCAGAGUGUAGGGAAUCAAAGAUUGUGCUCCAGGAAAAAGAAACCAAGCUUAACAGAACCGAACAGAAACUACAGGAAGUGACUGAAACUCUUAACGACACUCUCUUGGAGGAGGCUAGAAGUCUUGAAACUGUUAGUAGAUGGGACGUUCUGUUCACUCCCCCUUACCUGAAUAAGCUCUUUACACGGCAGCUCUACAAUCAACUGACCAACUGGGUUAUGAUGGAGGAUUUCAUUGGGGUGAACGUUACAGUGGGACUGGUGAAGCAUUUCAAACAACACCACGAGGAACAAGAGGACCACGAAACUUGCGAGGAGGACUGAACAACAACUACUGUUAUCUACUAUUGAAGUUUUAAUUAAGUGCAUGGUACACUGUAACCUUUGUCAUUUGGCCCUGUAAUCGUCUGUAAUCA